UGCUGCUGGAAGCUGCGGAGACUCGGCGGUGGGAGACAGACAGGCAGGCAGGGAGGACCGGGGUCUGAAGGGUUCACAGGAGUCGAUCCGAGUGAAGGUUUAACUAGUUUUGUUUUGUUUUGGACUUUAAAGCAACUGCGUGUUGCGGGGAAAGCUGUCAUGUCGGUGAAUAUGGACGAACUCAGACAUCAAGUCAUGAUCAACCAGUUUGUUUUGACGGCUGGAUGCGCCGCCGAUCAGGCGAAGCAGCUCCUACAAGCGGCCCACUGGCAGUUUGAGACGGCCUUAAGCUCCUUCUUCCAGGAGGCCAACAUCCCCAGUCACCACCACCAGAUGAUGUGCACUCCCAGAAACACUCCUGCCACGCCGCCGAACUUCCCAGAUGCCAUCACAAUGUUCUCCAAGCUGCGGGCGUCUGAGUGUAGCUCCAGCGUUGGCAGCGGCCCCUCCCAGGCGUCCAUGGCAUGCUCCCCCCCAGCCCCCUCCUCCACAUCGGGCUUCAGUUCCUUUUGGGCCUCCUCACCACCCAGCCACCAGCCGGCCUGGCUGCCCCCGUCAUCACCCACGGGCCACCACAUGCACCACCACUACCACCACCACCACAUGCAACAGACUCCCAUGUGGCCCCCCGUCUCUCAGCCCAGCGGCUCCCAGCAGCCCCCCGUUGUAUCAGCGCUCCAUGGCCAGAGAUGAGACAGGAACGAGGCAGGGAGCGAGGCUGGUUCAAGUGUAGCCAAAUGAAUCUGUUUUGGGAGGGUGGGGGAUGUCGGGGUUGGGGAUGGGAGGGUUUCACGUGUGGAAUGAGAGGAAAAGGAAAAAGACAAAGAUACUGUUUUCCUCUCUUGUUUUUCUAAACUGAAGAUGAGCAGUCGGACUCAGCAGGAGACUCCUUCUCUCCGUCUUCAUCACAAGUCAUCCAAGCCGAGGAAGAACCUGGAGGGUCUCUGAUGAUAACACACUGAGUCUCUGCAGAAACUUUUUAUCAUCAUCAAUGCAAAACAAGCCCAGGACUCAGCAGAGCACUCUCUGAGGAUAGGAGCCAUGUGAUCUGUUGAAGUGAUCUUUUUUUUUUUUUUUUUUUUUUUAUAGAAACUCUUCUUCUUUCAGAGGGUUCAGAAAUAAUCUGACAGGAAGUCGGCAAUAACCAGCAGAUAAACAAAGAGUUUGUAGAUGAAUGGCCUCAGAUGUGUGGAGCAUGUGUACAGUGUGAACAGGUUUAUAGAUGUGUAUUAAUGCUGGAGCCAUGAAGUCAAGUUUCAUUUACAACCAUAAAACUGCUCUCCACAGUGAAACUUAACACUGGCCGGAUCACAUGCCGUCGUACUAGAGAGACACAACAGUUGGUGCAUAUUGUGCAUUUUUACCAUUACACCUGAGUCACAGACCAGAUUUACAACACAAAUAAACCCAGAAAGGUUGUUUGAAAAUAUUAACCUCCUCAAACACCCUCAAAUCCAUCUGGAUGAGAAAAUACUUACUGCUGCUGCACAUUAAGAAAGAUUUUAAAUUAGUUUCUCAUCCUCUGUCGCUGUUUGCAAACUGUAAUGUCUAAUUCAGGAUUUCUGUUUGGAAAAACGAGGUGAGUCUCUGGAGUUCACUCUUCAGCAGAGCUUGUAUUUGAAGCAAAAUUAAAUGAUUACUUUUUGAGCUUAAAAAAAACCACAGCUCUUAUGAAAAUGUACCAGUGCAGUCUGUGGUGUCUGUUACAGGCUGCUAAAAACAAAUAUUAAACGAUGAUAUAAGGUAAUUCAUAAAAAAUGACCGUGCCUGUCUAAACAUAUGGCGUGAACCACACUACAUACUGUUGAGUGAGGUUAUGUUCCACAGCUGAAUUGAUUAUAAAUACACACUUUCAUGUUUCACGUGUUGUACAAAAAGAGCAUCGACAUACUUCUGACUACCUGGAUAGAAAAUACAGUCGCAAGUUUCGAAAAUCUUUCUUAUGUUUGCAGCAAUCAGAAUAUUUUUUUCAUCCAGAUGGACACAAGUGUUUGAGGAUUCUGUAAAUCCCUUAAAAUUUGCAGGAAGUGUUAAUAUAAUGAGUAAAAUGAUAAUACACAAGAGGCACGUGUCAAACACAAACACAUGGUGAGGGAAGAUGUAUUGCAAGGUAGAAGUAUGAUCAGUAAGUUUGGUAGAACGGCAAUAAUUUGAUAAUUGAAAGAGCUGCCACGUUUUUAUUUUUAUUUUUUAUUUUUAAUCAUUUUAGCCCAACGGUCAAAGAAAGAGACUUUAAAGACGCCAUGUUGAAUAAGCAGGAGAGUAGUUUUUAAUUUUCCUGAUUGCAGCAAGAAAACCUCAAUAUUGAUUUUCUGUUGACUGAUAAUGAGGCAGUUUUGUAAAUAAAACCCUCAGCCAAAAUAUUUCAGUCACGCUGAUGAUGAUCUCACAAAAACGCACAUUUUAAUUUGACAUAGUCAGGCGGUGAGCUGCCAGUACCUCUGCCAUGUCUCUCUCUGUCUGUCUGUCUAUCUGUGUGUGUGU